UGAAGUGGUGUUCAUUAAAAAAAUAACAUGAAUUAAUAUAUGUUAAAAAAAUAUAUAUUGUAAGGAUCAUGUAAAUAAGUGAAAGUGUGUGAAAAGCUUGGUUCACAAUGCGAGGUUUUCAGGUGUUUGUUACGUUUCUGAUCGGCUUCUUCACAUAUUCACAAUGUGCAUUUCGAAAUUUCGAGUCUUUGAAAACGACCAUUUUUAUAGGUGUGAUUCUGCCACCGAAUACAGUAACAGAGGUGGCAUUCGCUUCGACCCUAGCUCGGGCGACCAUGGAGAGUGAAAAGUACAAUUUCGUCAUGAAAAUCAAAUAUGCACCUUAUGGAGACAGCUUUGCUGCAUCUAAAGCUGCCUGUGCUCUGUUGGCGAGUGGAGUGAUCGCAAUAUUCGGGCCGACGGACGACGUGUCGGCUAUGGCGGUUGGGGCGAGGUGUCGAGCCGCGCGGGUGCCUCACAUACAAGCGGUGUGGCGGCCGCCCCCUGAGCGAGGCUUCGAGCCGCCUACGCCACCUGGUAUCAAUUUAUACCCCGAAGCAGUCGCGCUGUCUAAAGCCGUGGCCCUUUUUAUAAAGGAUAGUGAUUGGAACACGUAUACUUUACUGUACGACGACGAUCAAGGUCUAAUCAGGCUGCAAGAAAUUCUAAAACACGCAGAACUAGGGGAUAAAUGGCUGGUGAGGAGACUGGACCCAGAAGGUGAUAACAGACCUUUAUUAAAGUCUUUGAAGGCGUACGGAGAAACUAGAGUCAUAAUAGAUUGUCCUACUGAUAGGAUCCUGAAAUACCUACGUCAGGCGAACGAAGUGAAAUUCUUUGAAGACUACAUGAGUUACGUCCUUAUGUCAUUAGAUGCGCAUACGCUGGACUUGCAAGAAUUACGUCACGGCCUAUCCAACGUCACAUGCUUGCGGAUAUUCGACCACUCAGACUCCAGAACUAGAUCGUACUUGGCCGAUUGGAAGGCUCGCAGCUCACCUGACAUUAAGAUUCCUACGCAGAGCCAUGAAAUUACUGUAGAGGCAGCACUUGCCAGUGAUGCUGCAAGACUAAUUACAGACGCAGUGGAAAGUGCACCAGAUGAAUUUAAAAUAGAAGCACCUGUCAUUGAAUGUAACUCUGAUACUAAAUGGGAAGCCGGUGAAGAUUUCAUCAAUCAUUUGUUGACGAAUCCUAUAACAGGUAUAACAGGCAACGUAACUAUAGACAGCUCAACUGGCGAACGAACUAACUUCAACGUGGAAAUAAUGGAGCUAUCUAACAGCGGUUUUAACAGCAUAGCCAAAUGGAACGCAGAAUCAGGGUUCAUAUACAUACGGAGUCUCAGCGAAGUGUCAGAUAUAUUAGCAGAGAAGUGGCAGAAUAAGACAUUCAGGGUAGUAUCCAAGCUAGGCGCUCCGUACCUCGUGAAAAGAACACCCAAGCCGGGUGAAGUUCUGACCGGUAAUGAUCGCUAUGAGGGAUAUUCGAAGGAUUUAAUUAAUGAAAUACUGAACGUUACUCUGCACCUGAAUUACGAGCUCGAAAUCGUUCACAAUUACGGCAAAUACAAUAAAGAGACUAACAAAUGGGACGGCCUCAUAGGACACCUUUUGGAAAGGAAAGCCGAUCUGGCUAUCUGCGACCUCACAAUAACGUACGAGAGACGAGCAUUUGUGGAUUUUACGACGCCAUUUAUGACUUUGGGGAUCAGCAUUCUGUAUCUGAAGCCUCCCGCGCCGGAGACGGAACUAUUCUCGUUCCUCAAGCCCUUUUCCGUCGAUGUCUGGAUUUAUAUGGCCGCUGCCUAUUUAAUGGUCUCACUGUUGUUACACAUGUUGGCCAGACUUGCACCUAACGACUGGGAAAACCCUCACCCGUGCGACAAAUCUCCUGAGGAGUUGGAAAACAUUUGGCACAUUAAAAAUUCCUGCUGGCUCACAGUCGGGUCGAUCAUGACACAAGGCUCUGAUAUACUGCCCAAGGGUUACUCCACUCGAUGGGUUUGCGGCAUGUGGUGGUUCUUUGCUCUGAUCAUGUGCUCAUCGUACACUGCCAAUCUCGCUGCCUUCCUGACGAAUGCUGCAAUGGACGACUCCAUUAAAAGUGCUGAGGAUCUAGCUGCGCAAACGAAAAUUAAGUAUGGCACCGUAGACGGAGGAUCUACGUAUGCUUUCUUCAAGCGAUCAAACGUAUCCACGUACGCGAAAAUGUGGGCCAAUAUGGAGUCAGCUCGACCGUCUGUGUUCGUUGACAAUAAUGAUGAGGGGCUCGACAGAGUUCUUAAUGGGAAACGAGGGUACGCCUUCCUGAUGGAGUCCACUGCCAUAGAAUACCAGAUGGAACGGAAAUGCACUCUCAUGCAAGUUGGCGGUCUACUAGACUCUAAAGGAUAUGGAAUCGCUAUGCCGUUUCAGUCGUCAUAUCGCACUGCGGUGGACAACGCGGUGCUGAAACUUGCGGAGAGCGGAAAGCUGGUGGAGCUCAAGAACCGAUGGUGGAAGGUCGGGGAGAAUGAAACACACUGUGAAGAGAAAGAAAGCGACGACACGGGCGCCAGCGCGGCCGAGCUGGGCGUGUCGAACGUGGGUGGCGUGUUCGUGGUUCUGGGCGUGGGCUGCGGGAUCGCCGCGGCCAUGGGCGGCUUCGAGUUCCUGUGGCACGUGCGCGAAGUCGCCAUUGAGCAGAAGAUGACACAGUCUGAAGCGUUUUGGGCGGAGCUCUCAUUCGCGCUGAGUUUCUGGGAGACCGAGAAACCUGUCAAUCACUCCCGCCCAUCGUCGUCUGCGUCUGGCUCCAAUGUGGCGUCCAGAGCCUCCUCCGUGCUACGAUCCGCUGCUGAUCUUUUCCACCUCGAUGUGUUCAAGUAGAAUAGUUUUAUA